AUGGAUUACGAAAAUCAGCCCCGUGUUCGUGACGAAAAUCUCUUAGCUCAAUCCCGAAAAGAAGAAAUUCGGUUGUGGAUUGAUUUGCUCGUGAUGAUGUAUCACGCGAUUUUCAUGUUUUUGCAGUAUUUGAAGGAAAUUUUCAUUCGUCGUCCCAUGAAGGAUGUCCGUGGGCAAGUUGCUUUCAUCACAGGAGCUGCAAAGGGCUUGGGACGUGAAAUGGCUUUGGUGCUUGCGAAAAAAGGAUGCAACAUUGCCGUCGUUGACAUGGAUAUCGAAAAUGCGAAACGAACAGCUGCCGACCUCGAAGACUUGGGUGUCAAAGCAAAGGCCUACAAAGCUGAUGUUUCAAAAUCCGAAGAUAUUGAUGCCAUUGCGCCCGUUGUCGAGAAGGAAUUGGGCCCUGUGGAUAUUGUAAUCAACAAUGCCGGAGUCUUUUUCACAAAAUCCAUCGAAACGGAGACGCCUGAGAAGCUCCAAAAAAUGGUCAAUAUCAAUAUGAUGUCAAGUAUGUGGACAACGCGCGCAUUUUUACAAGGCAUGAUUGACCGAAAACGAGGACACAUCGCUUCAAUUAGCUCUUUUGCGGGUCUUGUGGGUCUUCCAACCGCUGUUUGUUACACCGCAUCCAAAUUCGGUGUUCGUGGCUUCUGCGAAGGACUUUCGCUGGACUUGUAUCAUCGCAAUAUCCGAGAUGUCAAGGUGACAGGCAUCUUUCCUUACUUCAUCGACACAAAUCCCGCCGUCAAAGCUUCCGUGCUGGAAGGAUGUUAUCGCAAAGUUAUUUUGGAUCCAAUUAAAUCGGCUCGAGUUAUCGUUCACGGAAUUUUGCGCGACGAGGAAAUCAUCACACUUCCGCGGAAUUUCUACUUUUUGAGUUAUCUCGUGUAA